AUUGCGUUUGGCCAGCGCUGUCUGGCCUGGGAGGUUCUGGUCACCAACUAUGUUCUGGAAGGAUACAGCAUCACUGACAACAGCGCCGCUUCCAUGCUGCAGGUGUUUGACCUGAGGCGCAUCCUCACCACCUACUACGUCAAGGGUAUCAUUUACUAUGUGGUCGCCUCGCCCAAACUGGAGGAGUGGCUUGCUAACGAGACCAUGAAGGAGGGUCUGCGAGGGUGUGCAGAGAGGAACUACGUGGACCUGGACCCCACGUUUAAUCCCAACAUAGAUGAGGAUUAUGACCAUCGGCUCGCAGGCAUCUCCAGGGACAGCUUCUGUGGGGUUUACCUGAGCUGGAUUCAGUACUGCAACUCUCAAAGAGACAAGCCCCUGGACAGUGAGAAAGACUCGGCUCUGGUGCUGCUGUGCUUCGGUUUGUGUGUGCUGGGAAGGAGGGCCCUGGGGACAGCAGCCCAUCACAUGUCCAGCAACCUGGAGUCUUUCCUUUACGGGCUCCAUGUGUUAUUUAAAGAUUUCCGCAUCGCGUCAGUGCGAGAUGAGUGGGUCUUUGCAGACAUGGAGCUGCUCAGGAAGGUUGUGGUGCCUGGAAUCCGAAUGUCUCUUAAGCUGCACCAGGACCACUUCACAUCCCCCGACGAGUAUGACGAACCAGCUGUUCUGUACGAGGCCAUCUCCUUGCACCAGCAGAACCUGGUCAUCGCUCACGAGGGCGACCCAGCCUGGAGGAGCGCCGUGCUGUCCAGUGCCCCGUCGCUCCUCGCCCUUCGUCACGUCCUGGACGAAGGCACGAACGAGUACAAAAUCAUCAUGCUCAAUCGACGAUACCUCAGCUUCCGCGUCAUCAAGGUAAAUAAAGAAUGUGUGCGGGGCCUUUGGGCGGGCCAGCAGCAGGAGCUGGUGUUUCUGAGGAACAGAAACCCGGAGCGCGGGAGCAUCCAGAACGCCAAGCAGGCUCUGCGCAACAUGAUCAAUUCUUCCUGCGACCAGCCCAUUGGGUAUCCGAUCUACGUGUCUCCGCUGACCACCUCCUACUGCAACUCGCACCCGCAGCUUCGACACAUCCUGGGAGGAGCCAUCAGCAUCGCAAACAUCCACAGCUUUGUUGUCAGCACCUGGCACAGGUUAAGGAAGGGCUGCGGUGCCGGCUGCAACAGCGGAGGAAACAUGGAGGACUCUGAUGCCGGCGGUUUGCCCUGCGGCAGUGGGAACGGGACGGCUCCCAGUCAGUCCAGUUUGGUGUGCCACUCCCCUGCCAGAGCCUCCAUGGUCAGCCAGUCCUCCCUGUACCGCUACAGCAGCAGCCACCACUCCUCACUGCGCACCUCCACCACGGGCCUGGAGCCCUGCCGCCGCUCCUCCACCAGCCAGCUGUCUCUGCGCACCCUGCCCACCUCCCUGCAGCUGCGACUGGGCCCUGGGUCCGACCCGGCCGGCCCCUCGUCCUCUCUCUCCAGCCACAGCAUCCCUCCCUGCAAACGCCACACGCUGGUGGGGCUCCUGGGUAACGAAGGCGUCUGCAGCACCGUCACAGACCCCCUCAGCCAGCUUCAUCACUGUCAUUACCGCCCGCAGCAGCACAACCCCACCGUGUCCACCGUGCGCAGAGACGACAUCUCCUACAGAGUGCAGAUCGUGGACGUGAGUCAGGUGUUGGAGAACAUCAAUCUCCCGAAGAGGAAGGAGCUCCAGUGGCCCGAUGAGACCCUGAGACUGAGGGCCGGUCGGACCUGCUGGAGGGACUGGAGUCCUGCUGAGGGCAUGGAAGGACAUGUGGUUCACCGGUGGGUGCCUUGUAGCUGAGACCCGGCCAGCCGUUCCCACCUCAACAGAACCAUCCUGCUGGUCCAGGUGGACGAUAAGCUAGUUCCUGUUAUUGAGACUGGGGUCACGGAGCUGGGAGCAGAGGUUUGAGCCU